AUGCCUGGAAGCCACGGGGAGAUCACGGUGGUUGAGCAGAACAGAGUCGAUAACGACAACAACAAGACAAGGAGGAAGAAGAAGAAUAAGAAUGAAGAGGAUGAAGUUGAGAACGAGAAUCAGUUAGUAACGCCCUCAGUUUCAAAACCCAGGAGGAAGUUUACAGACGGGUCCAGAAAGAAACACAGAUCACGUUCUGGGUCGUGUAAAGGAGGAUGCUUUUCUGUGAUGAGACCUCGCAGAACAGAGGAGGAGGGUUCUCCUUCUUCUGACCCUAACGAUGAAAGCUUCACUCAUGAUAUGCUGAGAGUUAUGUUGGAGAACAGUGAUUUCUUCUCUGAUGAAUGCAAUCCACAUCGAUGA